GAGAGAGUGGCUCGCACUUCUUCUCCCUCCGCGAGCUGCUGCUGUUGCUGCUGCUGCCGCCUCCGCUGCCCUUUCCCCGCUCGUAGCGGGUGCGGGUGCGGGUGCGAGUGCUAGUGGUUGUGUGUGUGAGUGCCUCCGUGCGUGUGUGUGAGUGCCUGUGUGACUGUGUGUGUGUGUGACUGACUGUGUGUGUGUGCGUGCGCGCGCGCUCGCGUGUGUAUUUCCUCUCCUCCCGCACACAGGGAUUUGCCGCUGCCACCGCCGCCGCCGCCGCGGUUCGCCUCUGCCGCUGCUGCUCUAGCCCGCUGUGCAUGGGAGUCUUCCUGGGGUGUCUGGGCUUUGUGUUCCCCCAACAAACAUGAUCAAGGCUAUCUCUUCCUGAUCGGGAUAUAUUUAAAGGAGGAAACGAGGCGUGUUUCCUACUAGAGCGGAGAAACGCACCCUGGAAGGAAAAAAAAAAGCAAUCACACCCCCCCAAAACCAGGUUGGAACAGCUGGAAAUUUGACCAAGCAGCAACCAUGAUGAAAUUAAGUCAUUCACAGACCCUGCCACUGGGAUAUUUAUUAAGCACUGUGGCUCUCUUGCUUUUCCACCUGGACAAAAUAAGUGCCGAGACUGAAGGUGAAGGAACUGGAAAUGAGACAAAUGAAUGUACUGGCUCUUAUUAUUGUAAGAAAGGUGUGAUUUUGCCCAUAUGGGAGCCCCAAGAUCCUUCCUUUGGAGAUAAAAUUGCUAGAGCUACUGUGUAUUUUGUGGCCAUGGUCUACAUGUUCCUGGGGGUAUCUAUCAUUGCUGACCGAUUCAUGUCCUCAAUAGAAGUCAUCACAUCCCAAGAAAAAGAAAUAACCAUAAAGAAACCCAAUGGAGAGACCACCAAGACCACAGUGAGGAUUUGGAAUGAGACAGUUUCCAACCUAACACUGAUGGCUUUGGGCUCCUCAGCACCUGAGAUCCUACUUUCUGUGAUUGAAGUUUGUGGCCAUAACUUUACUGCAGGAGAUCUUGGUCCCAGCACCAUUGUUGGAAGUGCUGCAUUCAAUAUGUUCAUUAUCAUAGCACUCUGUGUCUAUGUGGUUCCUGAUGGAGAGACAAGGAAGAUUAAGCACUUGCGAGUGUUCUUUGUGACUGCCGCGUGGAGCAUCUUCGCCUAUACCUGGCUCUAUAUGAUCCUGUCUGUCAUAUCACCAGGGGUUGUAGAAGUCUGGGAAGGUUUGCUUACUUUCUUCUUCUUCCCCAUCUGUGUUGUGUUUGCUUGGGUUGCAGACAGAAGGCUUUUGUUUUACAAAUAUGUCUAUAAGAGGUAUCGAGCUGGCAAGCAAAGGGGAAUGAUCAUUGAACAUGAAGGAGACAGGCCCUCUUCCAAAGCUGAAAUUGAAAUGGAUGGGAAAGUGGUCAACUCUCAUGUCGAUAACUUCUUGGAUGGUGCUCUCGUUCUGGAAGUUGAUGAGAGAGACCAAGAUGAUGAAGAGGCUAGGAGAGAAAUGGCCAGGAUCCUGAAGGAGUUGAAACAGAAACACCCAGAAAAGGAAAUCGAGCAGUUAAUAGAAUUAGCCAACUACCAAGUCCUGAGUCAACAGCAGAAGAGUCGCGCCUUCUAUCGUAUCCAGGCUACCCGUCUAAUGACUGGAGCUGGCAAUAUUUUAAAGAGACAUGCUGCAGACCAGGCCAGAAAAGCUGUCAGCAUGCACGAAGUCAAUACUGAAGUAGCAGAAAAUGACCCAGUCAGUAAGAUCUACUUUGAACAGGGCACUUAUCAGUGUCUUGAGAACUGUGGCACAGUGGCCCUCACCAUUCUCCGUAGAGGUGGCGAUUUGACCAAUACUGUUUUUGUUGACUUCCGAACAGAAGAUGGCACAGCCAAUGCCGGCUCUGAUUAUGAAUUUACUGAAGGGACUGUGGUCUUCAAACCUGGGGAGACUCAAAAGGAAAUCCGAGUAGGCAUCAUUGAUGAUGAUAUUUUUGAAGAAGAUGAGAACUUCCUUGUGCACCUCAGCAAUGUCAAAGUGACAUCAGAGGCAUCAGAAGAUGGGAUCCUGGAGGCCAAUCACAUUGCAACCCUUGCUUGCUUGGGCUCUCCCUCUACUGCCACUGUUACUAUUUUUGAUGAUGACCAUGCAGGUAUCUUUACCUUUGAGGAACCUGUGACACACGUGAGCGAGAGUAUUGGCAUCAUGGAGGUCAAAGUAUUGAGAACAUCUGGAGCACGAGGAAAUGUUAUUGUUCCCUACAAAACUAUUGAAGGGUCUGCUCGUGGUGGAGGAGAGGAUUUUGAGGAUACCUGUGGAGAGCUGGAAUUCCAGAAUGAUGAAAUUGUGAAGAUCAUUACCCUUAGAAUAUUUGACCGUGAGGAAUAUGAGAAAGAGUGCAGUUUCUCCCUUGUGCUUGAGGAACCAAUAUGGAUAAGAAGAGGAAUGAAAGGUGGCUUCACCAUAACAGGCCAACCUGUCUUCAGGAAAGUCCAUGCUAGAGAGCACCCAAUUCCCUCUACUGUAAUCAACAUUGCAGAGGAAUAUGAUGAUAAGCAGCCUCUGACCAGCAAAGAGGAAGAGGAACGGCGCAUUGCAGAAAUGGGGCGCCCAAUCCUUGGAGAACACACGAAACUUGAAGUCAUCAUUGAAGAGUCCUAUGAGUUCAAGAGUACUGUCGACAAACUUAUUAAGAAGACGAACCUAGCUCUUGUGGUUGGGACGAACAGCUGGAGAGAACAGUUCAUCGAAGCUAUCACUGUCAGUGCUGGGGAAGAUGACGAUGACGAUGAAUGCGGAGAAGAGAAGCUGCCCUCUUGCUUUGAUUAUGUGAUGCACUUCCUCACUGUGUUCUGGAAGGUUCUUUUUGCCUUUGUCCCACCCACAGAGUACUGGAAUGGUUGGGCAUGCUUCAUUGUGUCCAUCCUCAUGAUCGGCCUCCUGACUGCUUUCAUUGGCGACCUGGCAUCUCACUUUGGCUGCACCAUUGGCCUGAAGGAUUCAGUGACAGCAGUGGUUUUUGUUGCUCUAGGGACUUCGGUACCAGAUACAUUUGCAAGCAAAGUGGCAGCCACACAGGACCAAUAUGCAGAUGCCUCCAUCGGCAACGUCACCGGCAGCAAUGCAGUGAAUGUGUUUCUGGGAAUUGGCGUGGCCUGGUCCAUUGCUGCCAUCUACCAUGCAGCAAACGGAAAAGAAUUUGAGGUCUCCCCUGGCACACUAGCAUUUUCGGUCACUCUCUUCACUAUUUUUGCUUUCAUCAAUGUUGGGGUACUGCUGUAUCGACGAAGACCGGAAAUUGGAGGUGAGCUGGGUGGGCCCCGGACUGCCAAGCUCCUCACAUCCUCACUUUUUGUCCUCCUGUGGCUCUUGUACAUUUUCUUCUCUUCCCUGGAGGCCUACUGCCACAUAAAAGGCUUCUAAAGGAACAAUCAGAUAUAGUAAAUUUAUAUAUAUAAAUAUAUAUAUAAAGAUAUAUGUAUAACGAACAGAAGAAACUGACAUUUGUCAUGUCCACUUACCUGCUGAUGGAAUACAGUUUCAAGAGCAUACUUUGUACUAGGGCAGAAGUAAGAAACCAACAGAGUUCUUAUCCCAAGGGGCGCCAACAUGUUGAACAAGGCAUGGAUGCAGGGCCAUCUUUGCAACUCUACCUAGAAGGGUGUACUCUUGAGAUUGAUAGACUACUUUUUGUUUUUCUUUUUUGUUUUUUGUUUGUUUUUUUCAAAUGACUGACCUAAGUGCAACAUGGGCUUUCAGUUAUCAAUUAAAAAUCAACCAGAUUAUUUUUUUUAAUUAAGCAUCUGGGCAUAGGAGGGGUAUGGAAGAGGAAAAAGGCAGGGGGGAAUUUCAUUACUUUACUACAAAACACCAUAUUUCUCUUCAGAACUUAUGCAGAGGUGAAUCUGUUUCCAGGAAGAAGAGUGUGAAUAUGUACUAAUGGAGGAAAGGUAAAGAUUUCUGGGUUCAGAUGACUUCUUAGCUACCCAAAGGAAGCACUCUGCCAUCCCUACAUUAUUGCCCAAUUCUUAUUCAGCAAUUACAAAGAUAACCUUUUAAGGUUCGCAAGGAAAAAUAUAACAAUUUAGUCCUUCUCUAUUAACUUCUUAACCUGAUUACCAUUAACACAACCCCUUCUACCACCCAGUGCCCCUAUCUCCCUCCUCCAGUGUCCUUCCCCCACCAAAAUCAUAAUGAUUGUUGUUGUUAUAGUGUUCCAAGAGCACACCAUUCUUUUCCAUUUGCAUAUCAUAAGCCUCCAUCCAAAUCAUCUGUUCUUUAGCAGUCUCUUUGUGGCCCUCACAAGGACUGUCUUUUCAGUCUUAUUUUUGGUAACACUCAUGCCCUACACAAUCUCAGUGCAGUCUUUUCUGAACAUUUGCUUCUUCUUCAUACUCCUGUUAGGGAACGUUGUUCUGAUACUUUUUACACUGUGCAUGGAUUGAAAAAAAAGAAAAAAAAAGAAAAAAAAGAAAAAAAAUCUGUAUAUAGGAUAGUAUAACAAAAACUGUUAUCCCAUUCAGCAAUGUUGAUUGAACAUUGAAGACAUGAGCGAGAGGGUUUUUUUUUUCUUUUUUCAACCAAUUUGUUUUUAUUUUGUGAUUGGGUUCAAUUAUUUUGGAGUAAGGAGAGAAAAUGGUUUAUUCUUUCAUGGAUCUGCACAUCAAUUUCUAAGAAGCAAUAAUUGACCGGGGGAGUUAUAGCUAUUGUUGGGGAGCUGCCAAGCAAAUCUCAAAGCAUCCAUGUAGAUCAUCAUCAGUCUGUAUGGAACUCAGAACCAAAACACAUAAGAAAAUCAUCCAAUUACUUUGAUGAGAGAGACAUUAUAUAGAUCAACAAGUGAGUGAGGUGUACCUAGGCUUUAAAAGCAUAUGGUUUUUCCAACAGUAUUUAUUUCACAUUCUUUCUGUCUGGCAUGGAUGGCAGACAGUACUAAGGAGAGUUCUAUUUGGAAUUUGGUUUUGGAUUUGGGGCUUUUUAAAUGCUUUUUGUUUUUUGGGGUUUUUGUUAUGAAAAGGCUAGGUUAGACUCUGUUUUCCUUACCAUGUAGACUACUCUGGACCUACAUUUCCUGGUCAAGCAAAGGUAAAAGGUAAAAGUGACCAAUGAGCCUUUAAAAGGACAUUUCCUUUACAUCUCCCUUAAGACCUAAAUAACUCAGAAGUUAAGAGAGGGUUUAGCCCUCUCAAUGGAAGAAUUCUUUUAGUUUCAAAGAACCUAGGGAAGAAAGUGAUGUUAUCAUGAUGAGUGAAUGACCUUGGCUAUGCAUCACUGAUGGUUUUACAUAAAGAAAGACUCUAGGCCUAGGAAGCUACUGGCCAUUUGCAUAAGUCCCAAAGUAUUAAAAUAAUAAAACUCAAAUGUAUGUUUAUUAAACAUUUCCCCACCAUCCUCAGUUCAUUGUAUUUGUUAAAAUGAUGUAAAAGUAAAAAACCUCUCAUGGAGUCCUUGAGGUCACCUAUAUGAUCAAAGGAAGGGGGAAAAAUCACGAACAAUAAUUCAAUCAAGUUUUAAAAAAAAGUCAAGAUCAUAUCUUUUUGCGUAUCUCCUUUUCUAGCUUGAAAUGGAUAUAUAAGUUUAGAAUAACCCCUUAUUUAUGCCUUGCGGAAUCUGGCAAUCAAUCUAUCAGUUAAUAAGCAUUUAUUAAGCACUUACUGUGUGCCAGGCACUUAAACUAGGAGUAUGACAGGAUAGUGUGCAAGUGUAGAUUCAUGUUGGAGAUUCAAAGUAAUGAAAUGAUCCAUUUCCUGGUUUUUAUGGGCAGGACAAGGCUGCAGUCUCCCCUGCGCUCUUUUGUCCCCCUUAUGAGAGACAUAUUCCUGGUACAUGACAAUCAGCAGUAAACUCAAAGGCAGCUGCCUAAAUACAAAGCUGAAAUAGAAACUGUUGAAUAAUGAUAAUCCACAUAUGUGAGUUGUGUAAUCAGUUAAAGAUUCUUUGCACACCUUUUUAGCCAUAUUUGGAAUGAUCACAUCCUCAUAGAGGAUUUUCACAAGAAAAUAUAAUGAAAUAUUUUUCAAUUUCACUUUCAAGAGGUGAAGUGUUUUGUUUUGGGAUUUUCUGGGGGUUUUUUGUUUGCAGUUUUUUUUUCUUCUUUUUGUUUCAGUAGGGAAAACAUCAACACUAGAAUCUGGUUGUUCAGGGUUCUUGUUAAUUAUUAUUAUAAUUAUAUUUGUGUAAAGUUAUUUCAUUUAGUUUGUUUGAUUCUUUCAUUUUGUGUGUAUUGUGCACAGAUUUAGGAAGAGAAUGUUCUUCCUUAUAAAUGGUACACAUCAUUGACACAGACAAAUAAAGUUUCUAAUUGUUUCUGAUUUAA